AAAGAGAACGAGCGCGAGCCAGCUGCUUUGUUUCGACACUUGUUGUGUAGCUUCGUUGUCAUCAUAAUAGUCGUAGUCGUAGUAGGUUUCCGUCCGAUUUCCACGUGGCGCAUGCAGUAUCAGCCUCAUGCCAGCGCCAAUUGAUACUGCAGAGAAAUUCACUUGAGUUCUUACAUCGUCAUGUAUCAGUGUAGACAAAGGUGAAAAUACUGAAUAGGACCUAUUUCAUCAGAUUUGGAGUUUGUUGGAAGGUUGCUGUACAACCUUCUCUGAAACAGCAAGCUAUUUGAGAAGUGACCUUGAUUGUGAGAUUGGUCUUUUAUCUGUCCUGUGGACUACUGCAUUUCUCGGAAUCUGGUAUUUAGUCCUGUUAAUUCAGAUUGUUCAUUUUGUACGAUGGGUGGCGAAACCCCUUCAUCCUUGUUGCUCCCCAGCAGCGGUGACGAAGAUCACGAUGGAGGCAAGUCCCAUGCCGCCGGUACAGUUAAAUUAGUUGAAGCUACGGAUAGUCAUUGUCUCCCUGACGAGGUGGAGCUGUGGACUUGCGAUCACGUUAGUGAAUGGCUGGAGAGAACAAACAUGGGGAAGUACUGCGAACUUCUCUGUGUCACUCAUUGUGUGGAUGGGCCGGUCCUGCUGUCCCUAAAGGAGAAGGACUUGAAAGAACCGCCGCUCUCCAUGUGUGUCUUGGGUGAUAUAAAACGCUUAUACAAAGCCAUACAAGAUUUGCAAAAACGAAGAUUAUCUGCCGUUACUCCGGAUACUGCAAGGCACCUAGGCUUGGCGUAUGAUGUGAGGUCACGGUCCUGCUCUACAAGUGAUGACAUCUACACAGAUGGCGUAUCAUCCAUUCACAUACGUAAGCGCCGGCUCAACGCACAUGUACCCGACAAUACUUCACCGAGAAAAGUCUUGUUCACCAUGUUGUAUGGAUGGUUUGUCAUAUUCUUGACGGCAUUCACCAUGACCAUUGUUCAUUCACGUGUACCGGAUAUGACUACGUAUCGGCCGCUUCCUGACAUUGCUCUUGAUAACAUUCCACAUAUCCCAUGGGCUUUCCAGGUCUCUGAGGCCAUUGCAGUGUUCUUUUCACUGACCUUGGUCUCCAUCCUGCUCUUCCACAAGCAUCGGCUUCUAAUCAUGUGCCGUCUGUUCAGUCUGCUUGGCACUGUGUUCUUGUUGAGAUGUUGCACUUUGUUUGUAACAUCACUCUCGGUGCCUGGUGACCACCUAAAGUGCAAGCCGCUCAAGUUUGACUCCUAUGAGGAGAUACUGUGGCGUUCUAUGGAGAUCACCAGUGGCUUUGGCAUGUCAUUGACUGGAGUGCAUACAUGCGGUGACUACAUGUUUAGUGGGCACACAGCCGUACUCACUAUGCUGAAUCUAGCAAUUACGGAAUAUACACCUCGUCGCUGGCGAACACUGCACAUGACGACAUGGAUUAUGAACAUUUUUGGAAUUUUCUUCAUUCUCGCCGCACAUGAACACUACAGCAUCGAUGUGGUCAUUGCGUUUGUCAUCACGUCCCGUCUAUUCCUCUAUUACCAUGCGCUGGCUAACUCCAGGGCUCUUAUGGCAGGUGACCAGCAUCGAUUGCGCGAGUGGUUUCCACUGUUUACUUUUGUGGAGGAACACUGGAAUGGCGAACGUGUCCCCAACGUCUACAGUAAUCCAGUCGAGGACUUGAGGAUAUACAUCAAAGAGCGUUUUUUCGCAUCUCGUUCAUCAGGCACUCCAAGGAAAAUUAAGUGAUCUUUACUUGCAAUACGAACUAUUCUUUAAACUUGAGAUAUCCGCAUAGAAUAUGUUUGUGACGUUAGGCCCUGUUGUCUUUUGGUCCGAACCAGCUUGAUGUUCAGUAGGACACCUCUAGUACUAACUUAUUUUUAUUCCGAAACUUUACUCUAUUGCAUCGGCCCUGCUAUUCUAACGCAAGCCGUUUUAUUUAAGCUUCUCCUGGCUGGUUUUGUGCUGGAAUCACAACAGCCGGAGCCUAGUACUGUAUGUGUAUUUCUAUUUGCUAUUCUACUGUUGAACCAAGUUUUAAUCCACUUUUUAUUAUUCCAAAUUCUCCAUGUCACGUUUAGCUCACUCAGUAAGUACAAUUUACAGGGUCAGUUGCCAUCAAGUUUGCAUGUACAUAAUUAUGCAUACUACGACAAGCAUGUCAAUGUGCAAAACAUACCGGUGCUUUAUAUUUGGGGAAUAUAUUGCGGACUUUUA